CCUUUAUUCCUCAAGCGGGUGACAUUUCAGCGCGUGCACACGCAACACGCACGCACGCUCCACGUGGAACCAGAAGGAGGAGUUUUUUUUUUAGUCACCGUACGAUUUUUAUAGAGUACGGACGCAAGACAGCGCUAUCCAAGUGUCGUUGGUGGCCAAAGGGACGAGGCGAAAAUGGAACCACCCUUCGCCAGAUGUAUCGCUGUUUGCGCGCUGAUGUGCCUGGUGGUGUCUGUGAGCCACGCGACAGCACAGACGCAAGCGAGCACCACGCCGAGUGCAAGUCCCAAGGCGUCAUCCACAAGUACCGAAUCGCCAAUGACGACAACACAAACGCAAGCGAGCACCACGCCGAGUGCAAGUCCCAAGUCGUCAUCCGCGAGUACCCAAUCGCCAAUGAGUGCUGUUUCUACAGCCACAACGAACAAUCUGACGACGAUAACCAGCACAUUCUCACCGACAGAUUCUACAGCUUCGACGAACAACCAGACCAUAGGAUCCACGCUUUCUUCACCCGCAGGUUCUACGGCCGCACCGAACGUCCAGACCUCAGGACCGACCUCAUCUUCACACAACGGUUCUACUCCUGGAUCCACAACGUUCGGGCCGAGCACAAGACCCACCUCAUCUGCUUGCGGGGCCUUCAAAGUUACAGUCAUUUUCAAGAACCUACCGGGUAAUGGAAAAGGCAAUGCAACACUGAAAGAUUCAAACGGAAUCAAACAAAUUAACUUUGGACAUUACGAGAAAACCUUUGAGACAAACAAUCGUACGGAAUUGGAAAAUAUAACAUUCACAUUUGAACUGCAGGCUGAUGGUUUCAUUUCAGAUUCUCAUCAACCUCAUCCUGGGUUAAGCAGCGGACAGAUCGUCACAAUUGUGUUGUUGUUGGUCAUAGUCGUAGUCUGCCUGAUUUUUCUACGGAAAUUCUACCUGAAAAUCAGAAAGCUUGAAAGACAAUACAACAAUGAUGAAGGGGUGUGCUUGCUACCAAAAGGCAUCCGCGGGUUUCAGAAGGAAACUAUCGUCAAGGAAUCGGCUCCAAUCCCCGCAAAAGUGUUACGCCAAACUGUACAGACCAAAACCGCGUCGGGCUCCAAGCUGUUUCAGGAAGAGUUCAGCAAUUUCCCACGAAAGAUUAAUAAGUACUCCCAGCAAGAGGCAACGCAGGAAUACAACACCAAGAAGAACCGUUACUCAGACAUCCUCCCGUAUGAUCACAAUCGAGUGAAGCUGAGCGGUGAAGGAGAAAGCGACUACAUUAACGCAAGCUACGUUGACGGCUACAAGUCGUCCAUCAGAUACAUCGCUGCGCAAGGUCCCCUGGAGAACACCGCGGGUGACUUCUGGCAGAUGAUUUGGGAGAAAAAAAGUUCCGUGAUAGUCAUGGUAACAAAAUGCGAGGAAAUGGGAAAGGUAAAAUGCUUCCAGUAUUGGCCACAUCCUGACGAAGACAAAAGGGUGUAUGGAGACGUGACUGUGACGAUCGUGGAUGAGAAGCCCUACGCAGACAUCGUCAUUCGUACACUCUCCAUAUCCCACAGCAAGCACAAAGGGUUUGGAGCUCACUGGGUGACCCACGUGCAGUUGGUGAGUUGGCCCGACCAUGGUGUCCCCGAAGACCCCAACCUGCUGCUCAAACUGCGGCGACGCGUCAACUCGUUCAACGGAGCCGGCUGCACAGCCAUCGUCGUCCACUGCAGUGCUGGAGUAGGGCGAUCUGGAACCUACAUUGGUCUCGACUGCUUGGUGAGACAGCUGGAGAAUGAAGGCCAUGUGGACGUGUAUGGAUGCGUCUUUCGUCUUCGGCACCAAAGACCGCUCAUGGUGCAAGUGGAGAGUCAAUAUGUGCUACUUCACCGGGCACUUCUGGAACAUCACCUCUUUGGGAACACCGAGCUGAGCAUGGUCAAGCUCCACUCAAGAGUCCAAGCCAUGAAGUUCAAGGCUUCCCAGCAAGACGAGUCACCCGUGGAUGUCGAGUUUAAGAGGCUGCCAACGUUUGAAGGCACGUUCGCACAAAAAGCGGGCAGGAACAGCAACAACGUCCGCAAGAACAGAAGCACAAAUGUCAUCCCGUACGACUUCAACAGAGUGAAGCUUUGGAAGUUUACGCCUUCCGAAAUAAAUGAUGAGGAAGAUGAUGAUGACAAUAAUUCUGAUGAGGAUGAAAGUGACAAUGAAAAUAGUGAUAAAGACUACAUCAAUGCCUCCUUCAUGGAUGGUUAUCACAAGCAAAAGAGCAUCAUAGCUACUCAGAAUCCUUUGCCCGACACCGUGUCUGACUUUUGGCUCAUGGUGGUCCAGCAAAACUGUAGCCACAUUGUCAUGCUGUCAGAGUUGUCAGAGGGAGGCAAGGAGCAGUCUGCCCACUACUGGCCGCUGAAAGGAACGCAGAAUUAUGGCGCUGUCGGAGUGACCGUGAGAAACGUGACUUCCAGACGGGAUCUCGUUGUCCGGGAGUUUUCGCUGACUUAUGAAAAUAAAGAGAGUGUGGUGACCCAGAUCCAGUACCCACACUGGAAACCAGACGGACUUCCCAAGUCGCCCAAGGCUCUCGUUGCCAUUAUAAAUGCGGUCCAGGGCUGUCAGAAAGAAAAUGGCAACAACCGACACAUUGUUGUCCACUGCAGUGACGGAGCUAGCCGAACCGGCACAUUCUGCGCACUUUGGAACACCCUUGAGGCUGCGCGCGUUGAGGGCAUGGUUGACUUCUUCCAAGCGGUGAAGUGGCUAAAUAUGCAGCGUCCGGCAAUUGUCCAGGAGAAGGUCCACUACCGCUUCCUGUACGAGACCGUCUGCAGCUUUGUGAAUUCGACCAAUGGCAUACAGAAUGCGUAUAAGGUCGCUCUGGAAAAUGUUGGAUCAAUGCAUUCAGUCGACAUUAUAUCAGAACUAUGAUACAAAGAACGAACUGGUAACUGCUUGGUUUCAGUUCCCCUCCACUCAGGGAUUUGCAGUUUGAGGAAACCAAUGAGUGGCUCUUAUACGUCCAAAACAACAUGACCAAAGAGACAACACAGGUGGUGUUUGCUCCAAAUGAUUUAGAAAACGUGUAUAUAGUUAUUUUUGUAACGUACAUUUUUUUUAUUGUAUGGACUACUUCUCUCAAACUCAGCUGGACAAUGUCAUAAUCUAAUUAUUUAGCUUUCUUUUGGAGAUGUUGUUUACUGUUCACUGCUGUACAAACUUUUAUUCUGCCAAAAAGAACACAUUUACAAUCCUUUGCUAGAUUGCCUUCCCAAGCCACCACUUGGCUUUAAUAUCCUCGUUUUAUUAGCAAACACAACAAAGUUUCCUACAUGGAUUCCUAUCUGCCUGGCUGACGCGCGGCCAAGUGCGUGAUAGCGGAGAGGGAGGCAAGGGAAUACGAGCCAGAGGAGUGGUGGGAAAAGAGUGUAAAGGCGUGUUACGGAGAGGAAUGGAAAGAACAAAACGGAAAUAAGUAAACCCGUAAAAACAAAGUUUUUCACUCUAAAUCCUUUAUAUGCGUGGCGGCUUGAGUCCUCUCGUCCUCUGGCUUGAGAUGGCUGCCACCUAUGGGUCAGAUGAUUGUCUGCAGUAUUAAACAAUUGGUAAUUAAAUAUAUAUUUUUGUCCUAUAAAGUGUAACAUUUUGGAAACAUUUUUUCACGAACAUUAAUUGUCACGCACAACGAGUCUGUGUGGAAAAUGUCAACUCGAUUGGAUCAUGGGAAGUGGGUUAAAAAACGACCGAAAGAUUUACACGGUCGUAAGCAAGCAAGCACGCAAGCAAGCAAGCGAACUUAAUAUAAAGGAUUUAAAAAGGAAAGCGAGGGAAAACGACAAGCAGUGGGCGGGAGGAUUUGGGAAGAGGCAAGAGAUUAAGAUGGGAAAGAAAAAAUUGGGAAUAAGGAGAACAAAAGUGCGAGAGAAACACAGAGAUAGGGGGGAGGGGGAAGAGGGUGAGAUACAUUGGAGGCAGAGGAGUAUAGAUGGAGCGAUAACAGGAGACACAGGAAUAGAAACAGGGAAACGGAGACAAAGCGAGAAAUGGAGGUAGAUUUGGGAAAGGGCCUCUAGAUAUAUAUACAGUAUACAAAGUUUGGCUGGCUGGGAGACGGACAUGCAGUUCGCUAGUAUUAACUAUUACAAUCGUACAUUGUAAAAUGGAAUACGUCCAAGAAGACAUCUACUGAGUUGGAGAAAUGCAAUCAGUGCAUGUGUAGGUGCUCGGUGGAUUAGAGAUCGCAGAAUUGUGAAAAGGCGGCGACGGCUUGGCGAGACCAUCCAGUAGUCUAUUGACCAUGGUUGAUCAUAGUCGUGACAUUGUAAAUCCUAUACCAUAUAUACAUGGCUAAAACCUUGUUGUUAAAUGUACUGCAAAUGGUUUACCAUCUACAUAGAUUCUCGAAGGUAAAAAUGUAUUGACAGCAGGGAAACAAACCAAUUUCUUCAGAGAAAGAUUAAAAACAGUUUCGUCGGUAUUUAUUGAACGGCCGUUAAGCCCGUUUAAAAUCUGAAGUGAAAUUGUCAUAGUAGAAUGUGUAAUGGUAACUUAUAACAUGCCAAAUUGACCCAGGUCAGAGUGAAGUGCACUUUUCACUGUAAAUGGUUUAGCUCUGCAAAGGGCAAAAUGUGUGAAAACGUAAGCCAGUUGUUGCACCAAAAUAAGGUUUCCAUUUUCUACGCACAUUUAAGGAGCGUAUAUAUUGUAUACUUGUGAUAACAUACAUCUCUUUACUUUUUGCAUAUUUGUAUGCUGUUAUUUAAUAGGCACGACUGAAAAGCUGAACGAAUUUUGUCGAAAUUGAUGAUGCUUCGUCCAGAUAAAACAUGGGCUUGGUGCAAGGUUGUUCCAGAAAAUCUAAAAAAUUGCUCGCGAGUAAAAAGUCCGUUCCAGUACACUGGAUAUACACACAAUGUAACAAAACAAGUCACACCGACAAUAACAGCGGUAUACCCGAGGGUUAAGGAAUUUGUUGCGUUUUCAUUCAAUUCAAAUCCUAAAUUCGCUACCUAGCUUCAUGCAUAUUACUUUGAUCCUGCAAGUGAAGAGACGGAGUUAAUGUAUUGCAUUUCAAGCAAUGGUGUGUUUUGCAACUUCCUUUUUAAGCGAAUAUAUUUUGACUUUUACAUUGUUGCAUUUUUUAUUGUGUAUUUUUAAGUUAUGUUUUGCCAGUUUGAUUUCAACAUACAAUAUUUCAGAUGAUCAGAGUAAGUAUCAAAUUAUUGCAUUGAUUGUUCGGGUUUGUUAGAAUAACUUUAUAAAUUUUAUUAAGUGAAUAGUAUGCAGUGUAACGUGCUUUAACUAAGAAUGUAAUAGCCUUAAAACAAGUGAAACGCUUAAUGAUUGCAAUUAAAGUGCCUGCUUUGCUCUGCACUUCUGUUAUUGUGCUUGCACUAUCACAAACUUAGAAUGAAUAUUUGGCAAGAGCCACAUCGUCUCAAACAACACCAUGAGAUCAAUGUAUUUGGUUUACUGGUUUCAAAACUGUCCGAAUCUUGAUUAAAGGAUUAGUUUUGAUUACAGAUUGUUAGUAAAGAUGUUUGCCAACAAACUAUUAUUUUUCAUCAAUUUACUUUUUUGUUAAUAUUCCAGAAAGUGUUUGGUUUUGUUUGAUGUUUUGUAAAGAUAUUGGUAAAUAAAAACAUAACAAAGAGAAACAGUGUUCCUAAAAAUAUUAUUAUACUGGAUGACAUGCUACUGUUUUUACUAGUUCAUAAUCAAA